CCGCCUCGGCAGCGGAAGUUCCGGUGUCGGGGAGCGGAGGUGAGAGGUCAGCAGGAAGUCGAUACGUGGCCGCUGCCUGUCCCCGCCGAGGAGGCGCAGCAGCCGGAGAUGGCGGCCGUGCUGAACGCCGAGCGACUGGAGGUGUCGGUCGACGGCCUCACGCUGAGCCCGGAUCCCGAGGAGCGGCCGGGCGCCGAGGGAGCCCCGCUGCUGCCGCCGCCGCUGCCGCCACCCUCGCCCCCGGGGGCCGGACGGGGCCGGAGCUCCGCGGGGCCGCAGCCCGAGCCCGGGGAGGCGGCGGCGGGGGGCGCGGCCGAGGAGGCGCGGCGGCUGGAGCAGCGCUGGGGCUUCGGCCUGGAGGAGCUCUACGGCCUGGCACUGCGCUUCUUCAAAGAGAAAGAUGGCAAAGCCUUUCAUCCAACUUAUGAAGAAAAACUGAAGCUUGUGGCACUGCAUAAGCAGGUUCUCAUGGGCCCAUAUAGUCCAGACACUUGUCCUGAGGUUGGAUUCUUUGAUGUGUUGGGGAAUGACAGGAGGAGAGAAUGGGCAGCCCUGGGAAACAUGUCUAAAGAGGAUGCCAUGGUAGAGUUUGUGAAGCUCUUAAAUAGGUGUUGCCAUCUCUUUUCAACAUAUGUUGCAUCCCACAAAAUAGAAAAAGAAGAACAAGAAAAGAAAAGAAAGGAGGAAGAGGAGCGAAGGCGCCGUGAAGAGGAAGAACGCGAACGCCUUCAGAAGGAGGAGGAGAAACGUAGGUGUGAAGAGGAGGAGAGGCUUAGAAGGGAGGAAGAAGAGAGGAGGCGAAUAGAGGAAGAGAGGCUUCGGUUGGAACAGCAGAAGCAGCAGAUAAUGGCAGCUUUAAACUCCCAGACUGCCGUGCAAUUCCAGCAGUAUGCAGCGCAGCAGUAUCCAGGGAACUACGAACAACAGCAGAUUCUCAUCCGUCAGCUGCAGGAGCAGCAUUAUCAGCAGUAUAUGCAACAGUUGUAUCAAGUCCAACUUGCCCAGCAACAGGCAGCAUUACAGAAGCAGCAAGAAGUAGCCGUGGCUGGGGCUUCUUUGCCUACAUCAUCAAAAAUGAAUGUGACUGCAGCAGGUGAUAGGAAGUCAAUUAAUGGACAGGCCAAAACCCACACUGACAACUCUGAAAAAGAGCUUGAGCCAGAAGCUGCAGAAGAGGCCUUGGAAAAUGGACCAAAAGAAUCUCUUCCAGUGAUUGCAGCUCCGUCCAUGUGGACAAGACCACAGAUCAAAGACUUUAAAGAAAAGAUUCGACAGGAUGCGGAUUCUGUGAUUACAGUAGGCCGAGGAGAAGUAGUCACCGUCCGAGUCCCUACCCACGAAGAAGGAUCAUAUCUCUUUUGGGAAUUUGCUACAGACAGUUAUGACAUUGGGUUUGGGGUUUAUUUUGAAUGGACGGAUUCUCCAAAUACUGCUGUCAGUGUACAUGUCAGCGAGUCCAGCGAUGACGAUGAGGAGGAGGAAGAAAAUGUCACUUGUGAAGAGAAAGCCAAAAAGAAUGCCAACAAACCUCUGCUGGAUGAGAUUGUGCCUGUGUACCGGCGGGACUGUCAUGAGGAAGUGUAUGCAGGCAGCCACCAGUAUCCAGGGAGAGGAGUCUAUCUCCUCAAGUUUGAUAAUUCCUACUCCUUGUGGAGGUCCAAGUCAGUCUACUACAGAGUCUAUUAUACUAGAUAAAGAUGAUGUUACAGAGUCUGGAGUCUAGGCUUGGGCAGAAGAUGGCAUUUAAUUUCUUUUGACUUUUGUGGCACAUUGGAGUCAGUGUUUACCCUAUUGAUUUUGGUCUGAUGGUUUAUGAACUCUUGCUGGGAAUCACAAUUUCCUUGAGACUCUUUAGCAUUAAUGCUUUGGGGUUAAAAGCAAUUCCUCAGACUCAUCUAGCCUUUGGGUGCUGACCAGCAGAGCCACUAGUGGAUACUGGAGUUACAUGAGCUGCGUGUUAAAUAUUCACAAUCUCCAAAAUAAAACAUCUCAGCGUUGACCCAAUCUGGCUGAUGGUUAGUCCAUUUCUGCCUGCUCCAUGUGUUCUGCCAGAGCUCAUAGCUACAGUGCUCUCUGAUUGGAAAUGCUUCUGUCCAUAGUCUAUAUCAGAUGCAGCUGGCUUUGAUUGAAGAUCACCAUUUUUGAAACCUAAAAACUCAAGACUUCACAGAUUAUAGUAGAGAAAGAAAUGGCCUCAACUUGAUCUUAUCUGAGUAGCCCAGGUUAUUUUUGCUUUUGGUAUAGCUGUUUAGUUCAGAGUUAUGUUACAGAGAAUUAUUUUCUGAGAGAAUUUCAGACUGUUCAAUCUCAGUAGAUGAUUUAAAGUAUGAAGAUGUACGCAGCACCUCCGCAUUCUUCUUAGCAGGUUCCUCACACUCUCAGGCCCUUCUUUCCAUCUGCCAUCCACACAACCAGUAACAAAACAGAAUUAGUUAUUUUUGUUUUAAUAUAGCUCUGGAGCAUCUCUAAUUGAAAUUGUUCUUGGCACAAGGCUUACAGUUAGGGGUUCUGUAAACUCAAAUUGGCACCUACUGAAUUGAAUAUGCAAAAUCACUUAAAUAUAACUCACUGUUUGAGGAGUAACAUUGCACCAAUAGAAAAUCACUGCCAGAGACAGUCCUUCUUUUCAUUUGUUACUGAGACACAAACCCCACACAUUCCCAGUUUGGAAUUACAUAUUAAAGACAUUUGGUGAUACAUAUGCUUAAAUUUUAUAGCUUUAAUAUGUAUUAUGUCUUACUGAUGGGAAAAGGUACAUUUUUGGUUUUCUUACUGAAAACAUCCACGUUUAUUGCUUCAAAUUUGUGUGUGUGGUAAGUCUAGAAAUUGUAUUCAGAAGGAAGGGUGGUAUAGAUAGAAAAUGACAGGGACAGUAUAUACUUAAUGUUUUAUGUUGUUACUGAAAAAGUUGUUCCCAUCACAAAUCACUUCAGAUAGGGUUCCAUUGGUUAGCUGCACUGUGUACAGUUCACUACAUUAAGGCUCUUUCAAGUUUGUCAUGGGCCGAAUUUCUGUCUUUUUAAGACCUGGUUUUAUACAUAUCUAACUCUGUUCUCUUUUGGUUGUUCAGAAACUAGAUUAUUUUCUCCUAAGCAGUACUUAAUUUGUGUUUUUGAAUUUUGGUUCAGAAGUAGUCUGAUGUCUAUACUGUUAUAUCUAGAGUAUCAUUCGACUGCCUCACAACUCUCCUGUACAUAUGGUAUAGAAACCGCAGAGUUAGGCUUUUUUUUUUUUUAAUGAGAAAAAUACUGUAUUUAAAAUGUAAAAUAAACUUUUAAAAAGCAGGCACUAAUAUAUAUUUCUUUCAGCCUUUGGUUACAAAUUUGUCCUUGCAUAUGUUAAGAUAAAUUAUCUUCUAAAAAUACUGUUCUUGGGAACAGUGUAUGUUACUUGACAUAGCAGUUCCUGUCACGUGUUCAUGUUAAACACUUUUGGUUUUAAACUUUUUUAUUGCCUUUGGCUGUUAAUUAGUACCAUACAAGUGCGAUUUCAAAAAAGAUCUUGAAAGUAAUAUAUUUAAUCAAUUAAAACGUUUAUCUGUAA